AUGUCUGGAAGAAACUCUGCUGGAAUCGUCAAAUUCAUUGGCUUCACUGCCUUUACCUGUUCAGCUCUGGAAUUAAUAAGAAUCCGAUUGGGUUUCAUUGGAAAGUUAGUGGUGGAUAGGGUGGGAAGAAGUGGUGGCUUAUGCUUGUUUUGGACAGGAAAAAUUGACGUGAAUUUGAUUGAGUACUCACGGAACUACAUUGAUGUUUCUGUUACGUCGCAUGAUUCUGUUAAAUGGCGCUUUACUGGACUAUACGGUGAACCUGACAGUAGCCUUCGACACCAUUUCUGGAACUUGCUGCGGAAGCUUCGUGAUCAGGCCAAUGGGCUGUGGCUUGUGGGAGGAGACAUUAAUGAGAUCCUUUUCGAUCACGAGAAAAGUUGCGGUCCACCGCGUAGUCGUUAUCUCAUGGAAAAUUUCCGUCGAACUCUAGACUACACGGGCCUGUAUGAUUUGGGGUACGAAGGAGCUCGUUAUACUUGGUGUAAUCGGCAUGUACAUGGUAAUUUCACUCAAGCUAGAUUGGAUAGAAUGUUGUGCAAUGAUGAAUGGGAGGAGGUUAGAGAUAAAAUAGCGGAAGUGGCAAAUGAUCUGACCGAAUGGAAUUCUUUGUCCUUUAAAAGGACCCGGUUUGCUAUGAAAAAGAAGAAAGCAGAGUUGGCUGCUUUGGACAAACGUUUGGAUAACCACUCUUGGGAUGAGUACCAAAAAGUUGAAAAAGAGUUGGAUUUAUUCACUUCUCACCGUCCCUCGCAGAACUCCCUUGACCAAGUGUUGAAUAUUGUUCCCAGUCGUGUCCCCCAAAGUAUGAACAAGCAACUUCUGCAUGGAUUUACUGAGGUUGAUGUGCGGCAUGCUUUGUUUCAAAUGAAUCCUAGGAAGAGCCCUGGAAAGGAUGGUAUGGGGGCGGGGUUUUACUAG